GAAAAGAAAAAAAAAUCGCCUAGUACACCGAGAUGGAGAAAAUGUCCCGACCGCUCCCCUUGAACCCCACGUUCAUCCCUCCCACUUACGGCGUGCUGAAGUCUCUGCUGGAGAACCCCCUGAAGCUGCCCCUGCACCCCGAAGACGCCUUUGGUAAAGAAAAAGACAAGAAGAAGCUGGAUGAUGACAACAGUAGCCCUAUGGUCCCCCAAUCUGCUUUCUUGGGACCCACCUUGUGGGACAAAACCCUUCCCUAUGACGGAGAUACUUUCCAGUUGGAAUAUAUGGACUUGGAAGAAUUCUUGUCAGAAAAUGGCAUCCCCCCCAGCCCCUCUCAGCAUGACCACAGCCCCCACCCCCCUGGGCUGCAGCCAGCAACCUCAGCCGCCCCCUCUGUCAUGGACCUCAGCAGCCGGGCCUCCACCUCGGUGCACCCCAGCAUCUCCUCUCAGAACUGCCUGCAGAGCCCCAUCAGACCAGGUCAGAUAUUAUCCACAAACCGCAACACGCCGAGUCCCAUUGACCCUGAGACCAUCCAGGUCCCCGUGGGUUAUGAACCAGACCCAGCUGACUUGGCUCUGUCCAGCAUCCCUGGCCAGGAAAUGUUUGACCCUCGAAAACGCAAGUUCUCAGAGGAAGAACUCAAACCACAACCCAUGAUUAAGAAAGCUCGCAAAGUCUUCAUCCCUGAAGAUCUGAAGCAGGAUGACAAGUACUGGGCGAGGCGUAGAAAGAACAACAUGGCGGCCAAGCGCUCCCGAGAUGCCCGGAGGCUGAAGGAGAAUCAGAUUGCCAUCCGGGCUUCAUUCUUGGAGAAAGAGAACUCGGCCCUCCGCCAGGAGGUGGCCGACUUGCGGAAAGAGUUGGGGAAAUGCAAGAACAUACUUGCCAAGUAUGAGGCCAGGCAUGGCCCCCUGUAGGAUGGCAUUUUUUGUGGGUUGGCAUUUGAAUAGAUGGACAGUGUUUCCUGUUUGAUAACACCACAUCCAAACCAACCUUGCUGUCAUCAGCACUUUACUAGAAGCAUCAACAAAAACUGACUUACAUUUGUGUGUGUGUGUGUGUGUGUGUAUGUAUGUGUGUGUAUACGGAUAUGAAUGAUGUGUGCGUGUGUUUGUACACAUGCACAUGCACAUCAGAUGCACCUAGGUGGAAGAAUGAGUAUGGGUGCAUUUCCCAUUUUUAUGAAACACUCUCCUUAUCCCUCUUUUCUCCCAUCUCUGACUUUUCAUUUAGUUUUUUUAAAAAGUGCCACAUUUUUACUUGGACUAUUGAGAACUAUGGUGGCUAUUCUCUCUCUUCUUUGUCUCCUGCAUCCCGGCCCUCUCACCCCAUUCAGUGCUGCUUCUCCUUAGACCUUGAUGACUCUUUUGACCCCUUUCCUUGGAUUUAGACAGAAAGAUCCCAGUUUAAAAAAGAGUAGAUCUCAGUUUUUAAGAAUACAAGCUAUUGUUUAUGUCUAAUCAAACGUUAACAUGCUAAUAAGGUGCACAGGAUAACUUAGUGCUACACUGCAGAAAUAUUAAUUUAGAGAUUGCUUUCCUCAUAUUUUUAAAUUCUGGUGAUACUUGUCUACAAAUCUCAAGUGUUUAGAUUCCUUAGGGCCCCCAUAUUUACUUAUCCAUAUCUGCUAAGUUUCCUUUUGAGUCUCCGAGCACCAUGACUAGAGCACACAGAGUGUUUUUUGCACUGUCUGUACCUAAAGCAAUAACCCUGUUGUAUGCUAGAGCAUGCUGCCUGAGUCUUAAUAGUGGAUGUAGGAUCAUUCCCUACCUGAGAGUUUCAUUGUCUUAAAAAAGAAAAAAAAAAGAAAAAAAGGAAAGUGAAGCAUUUUGAGCAUGCCCAGAAUAUCCCCAGGUAAGAGAAGCAGAGGAAGAUGCUGGGUCUAUGAGAAAAUGGGCAAUUCAUUGAUAUCAGAGCCAAAUAAUGAGUCUUACCCUCAUCAGCUUUUAACACCAAAAGGAGUUUAAUUUUGCCUCUUCCCCCCGCUGCCCCCCCCCGCCACUUCUUUUGGCAGUUUUCUCCCCUUGUUCCACUUGAAGAUGGCAGAUAUCCAGAAUAUAGUUCAGUGGUUUCGGAUAUGUUUUUUCUUUCACUUUUGUAAAAUAUAUAUACAUAUAUAUAUAUUUUUUGUGAACUCUCUCACUGUUUCUAAAAAUGAUUUUAAUUCAGUUAGCAAGUUGGGUGUUUUUUAAGCCCCGUCUCUCCUUUUUGUCCCUACCCGGGUGUUGUUUUGAAAUUAUUCAUGAAAUAAUAACGAUUCUGGAAUUUCCUUUGUUGCUUUAUUGCUGUUUGCUUUAGGAUGUAAGUUCUGUUAUAAAGUGGACUUCUGAAAAAAAAAUGAAUGUAAAGACACUGGUGUAUCUCAGAAGGGGAUGAUGUUGUCAUAAACUGUGGUUAAUCCAAUUGAUUUGAAUGUUUACUCUAGACCAAAAGGAGAAAUUAUUAAAAAAAGUUGUUUAAUGUUUAUACAGAGUAAUUAUAGGAAGGGUUUUUUUUGUACAGUAUUUUUCAGAUACAAAUACUGACCAUGUAUUUUGAAAGACAUAUAUUAUAUAUAGCAAAGAGAAAAGGAAAAAAAUUUAUUCCAUGUUUUAAAAUUAUAUAGCAAAGAUAUAUAUAAAAUAUAUAUUCACCAUUAUUGUACAGAGAAGGAAUGCUUUGGGGUUUUUGAAAUCUUUAUUAUUUCAAGCCAAUCACUGACUCAUCAGCAUGUUUUCUGCUGUAAAUGAAAAUUUUAUGACAGUACUAAGACUUGCCACAAUGCUUCAUGCUUGUAAACACAUAAGGAACUUUUGUAUUUUCUUUUAGGAAUUAAAAAGUAAGUCAGUCAAUAUCACCCAGAAGCACAAAAUGGAUUUUAGUCAAAUAUUUAUUGAAUGAUAACAGUAUUUUUUAGGAAAAGCAUCUGCCACAAAAUUUUCAUGUUCAUUCUAGAAUGACAUAUUGCUGGGAUGGGUUUCCUGCUGCAAGUGUUUGGAACAGCCCCAUUCUCUCUUGCAGACACAUGUCUCAAAUACGGUGUUGAAAUGUGGGGUGAAUAUCGGUGCUAAGUGUUUGGUCCGUAAUUCGCUAGAUGUUUCUCCUUUAACAAAGAUUGUUCCUUGUUUCACUGGAGUGUAUUAUGUCAACAGAUUGCAAUGUUACUGAAAAAAAAGAUGGAACAUUUUGUUCUAGAUUAAAUAUUUCUUUUAUUCAAUGAGA